AUGAUCAGGAGCACCGGGAGCAGUGCCAGCCCCAGCCCCCGUCUCAGGUGGCCAUGUGAGACUGAAAGAGCAGAUGGAUCAUUCUCUGAGCUGCAGCAGGUUGAUUUGCAGGGUACCUCCUCAACAGCAGCCCCCUGCAGCCAGGAGAAGGAAGUGUUCUGCUGUGAUGGACAAGGACUGCCGUGCUCUGAGGAGGACUUGGCCAAGAUGCUACUGCUGAGCUUCCCAGAAACAGAUGCCCAGGCACCACCAGCUCUGGGAAUCCGCAUUCACGUGCCUUCCGGAAGAGCUCUUUGUCUGCUGGUGGACUUUGGGGAUGGUCGUGAAGCUGAGAUGAGACUGUGUACCAUGACAGGCACAGCUGUGGUGACUGGAUACCACCAGUACAGAAAAGAAGGCGUCUAUAAGCUCAGGGCUGUUAUCCAUGACUUUCAUGGACCUGAUGUGGAACUGGGCCCUUAUUACAUGGAUGUUGGCCAUGGGAACGUGUCGAUAGUCAUGAAUUCCAGCUCCAUCCAUGAUGGCGAAGCUCUUGCCUUUGCUGACUCUCUCCCCCAGGAGAAAGGCCCAGUCGUGAUGCAUUGCUUCUCAUCUAUUUCUUCAUACAAUGUGUCCUUUAUUUCUCAGACCCAAGUGGGCAGCGGCCAGGCUUGGCUUGGUGUGACUGUUGGGUAUAAGAUGCAAGCUGUGUCUGUCUACACCAAUGGAACUGUGUUUGCUACAGACACAAACAUCACAUUUGUGGCUGUUACCAAGGAAACUAUACCUCUGGAGUUUGCAUGGUAUUUUGGAGAUGACCCACCAGUGAGGACAACUUCCAGAAGCAUUAGAAGAAGGCUGAGCAUCCCUCAGUGGUACCAUGUGACGGUCAAGGCCACCAGCAGGCUCGGCAGUGUGGUCUCUGAGCCCCACCUCAUCAGGGUGCAGAAACGAAUCACGGUCAAUCGGCUGGUGUCCAUUCCCUCAGCCCUGGUAAACGCCAACGUGUCCUUUGAGUGCAGGCUUAACUUUGGCACUGAUGUAGCCUACCUUUGGAACUUUGGAGAUGCCACCAUUGAGCUGGGCAGAAGUUCCUCCAGCCAUGUCUACCGCAGGGAGGGAGAGUUUACAGUUGAAGUCCUUGCCUUCAAUAACAUCAGCUCUGCCACCCUCCGAAAGCAGCUUUUCGUGGUGCAGGAACCUUGCCAGCCACCCCCGGUGAAGAACAUGGGGCCUAUGAAGGUGCAGAUAUGGAGGUCUCAGCCCCUGAGACUAGGAGUGACAUUUGAAGCUGCAGUCCUCUGUAACAUUUCCCAAGGACUUUCCUACACCUGGAGCUUUGUGGAUGCUGAGGCGACUCCUAUCACCCUCCCUGCUGCUGUCAACACCCACAAACGGACCAUCCUGCUCCCAAGCUACACACUGGAGUGUGGGAACUACACUGCCAUAGCCAAGGUUCAGAUCAAGGGAAGCGUGGUAUACAGCAACUACUGUGUUAGUGUGGAGGUUCGAGCCAGGGCACCUGUCAGCGUGAUCUCUGAAGGCACACACAUCUUCAUCCCCAGGGCCACCUCCACCUCCAUCGUCCUCAGAGGGUCCCAGUCCUAUGACCCUGACAACCCAGGGGCUGCUCUCAGGUAUCACUGGACUUGCACGGUGGCCAGCUCACCAACAUGGCCCUGCUUUGACGACUCUAUUCCAAACCGAGUGGACACUCAGGCUCCUGCCAUUUCCUUCCCAGCCAAAUGGCUCAGUGAGUGCUGCGACCAGUUCCUUGUGACACUGACGGUCUCCAGCAAUGGGCAGAACUCUUCUCAGGCCUUGAUGUUCCUAUCCACCCAUCCCGACCCGGCUUUCAGAUUCACUCAUAUCUCAUGGAUCAACUUUAGAGACACCCAUGUGAACUGGAACGAGGAGCUGUCUCUCCGAGCUGUGUGUGAAGACUGUGGAGACGUCCCAGACCUCACUUAUUCCUGGGACCUCUUCCUAGUCAAUGCAACAGAAAAGAGUAUGAUGGAAGUCCCCUUCUGUAGCACUGUGGGGCUGCUGGGCACCUCAGCCCUUGGGGCCAUUCUGAAGUUGUCUGGCUCGUAUCUACAAUCGAAGCCCAGGGCAUCACCACCACCACACUCACCAGAACCUUCGCCCAUGCCCCUGGGCUGGACAACUCCUUCCAACCUGGGAAGCAUUUCUGCCGAGUCCACAGCAGAUGGCUACCAUCUUCCUGCUGCAGGACCCAUGGCAGGCUCAGGGGAGCCUGUGGAAGACGAUGGUUCACUGAGUCUGGCACCGGGUUCCCUGGGUGAGGAAUCCCUGAUGAUGAGCAGCCCUCAGGAGAGCUGGCCCCCUCCCAGUUCCUCUGAUGCCUUUGAUGAUUUUGAAGCCUAUUAUGGUGACAUCCAAGAAGCAGUGCCAUCCCUAGGAAGACAACCAGGGACCAAUAUCAACUCCCAUGAAUCAGAGCCAAGCAUGAGUGCCGACGAGAGUCCCAGUUACGGGGACAACCUGCUCGGGCCUUUCCUCCACACAGGCAGAGCAAAGCCAGCUCUCAUGAUUGACUGGCCUAAGACCCUGGUCAGCAAAGCUGUCUUCCAUGGCUACACCUCAUCAGGUAUCAUGGGAUCAGCUGUGACAAUAAAACCAUUCUCACUGAGUAGCGGCGAGACGUAUGUCUUACAGGCUUCUGUAGCUUCAAAGCAUGCUUUACUAGGCAAAGCUCAGCUUUACAUACCAGUCAACCAAGCUCCACAGGACAUGUCCUGUCAGGUGCAGCCCCACCGUGGUAUGGAGGCCCAUACCAUCUUCAGUGUCUUCUGCAUGUCAGGGAAGCCGGACUUCCGUUACGAAUUCCGUUAUCAGAUAGGAAACACCUCCUCACAUUCUCUGUAUCGCGGACAAGAUACCCAGUAUUAUUUUUUGCUGCCAGCUGGUGAGAUCUCGGACAGUUACAAAGUCAUUGUAUCUACUGAGAUCACUGAUGGCCAAGGCUCCAAGGUGCAGCCAUGCACUGUGGCGGUGACUGUGCUACCCCGUUACCAUGGAAAUGACUGCCUUGACAAGGACCUCUAUGACUCCACCCUGGAAAACCUGUCUACUCUCCAUCUGGUGGGAAGUUACACAGAAAUCAGGAACUACAUCGUCAUGGUCACUGGGAUCCUGAGCCGUUUGUUUAUGGAGAGCCGAAACACUUCUUUCUGUGCUCAGUGGUCACAAAUACAGGACGUAUUAAUUUCUUCAGCAUGCAAAGUGCCGUUUACAGACCAGGAAGCAAUGGUGGAUUCUAUCCAUAUAUUGAGAGACCUCAUAGCCUUCCCGAAUAAGAUGAGCUUGCUGAGUGCCACGUGCAUCCUCAAAUACGCACAGAUGUUCCUUGCUCAAGGUCAGGUCUCCAGGGAGUUCCUGGUGAACAAGAAGCUGAGAGUUGAACUUGUCCUUCUUAUCUCUGGUGUCUGGGAAGCCACCAAAGACGAUGUGUGGGAUGAAGACUGUCUGCAAGAAGAAGGCAUGAAGAUCAUCUCUGACGUGUUACUAGCCUGUCUCUCCUUGAGCCACCAGCAUCAGCUUCACAUAAACACUGGGCAGAUGGAGUUCUGGACCCGUAUCCAUCAGAGCCCUCAGAGUUCUAUCCAGAAUCUGAACUUCAUCCGGGUACAUUUCCCUGGUGAUCUGGCCUUGCACAGUACCGCUCAAGAGGGAACGCAGAGCGCAUGCUACGUCAGCCAGCUCAUGUUCUUCAUGAAGAGCCCGUAUCCAGUGAGACGAGCUCCUGGGCAGGUGGGCAGUGUCAUGAGCCCUCGACUCUAUAGCUGCAAGAGCCAGAGACCCAUCUUCAGAGGACGACUGGAGACACCAGUGACUGUGGAGUUUGGGGAGGAAGACUGCCUGCACAAGAGAAAUGCAGCCACGUUUGUGUUGCUUCGGGAUGAGGUGAAUGUCCACCGGUUCAAUGGGCUUUCAGAAAACCCCCAGGAAUCUUUACGGAUAAGCAUCAAAUUCUCUAAGCCAGCUACAAGAGCCUUUCCCAUCAUGCUGUUAGUAAGGUUCUCUGAGAAAGCCACGCCUUCUGACUUUCUUGUGAAGCGGCUCUACUUCUGGGAUGAGCAGACUGUACAAAUGUACAUUCCUGCUGUUCCAUGGAAAGGAGCCAAUGUGGGAUAUUUGUCCCUAUUAGAUGCUGAUUAUGACAAGAGACCUCCAAACAAAUAUCUUGUUGGGGCAAUAAACUACACAGUACAUUUCCAGUGGAUCCAAUGUGUGUUUUGGGACAAGAGAGAGUGGCGAUCUGAAGGGCCCUCUCCACAACCAGGAACUUCUCCUGAGAAGGUCAGCUGCAGCUACCAUCGCCUUGCGCCUUUCUCUGUCCUAAGAAGAAAGCUGGAUGCCACCUUGGAAGUGAGCAGCGUUUCUGAGUUUCAGAGGCUCCCUCACAACCUGCUUCCCAGCAUUUUCAGUGUGUUUUUCUUGGUCCUUUAUGGAUUUUUGGUGACUAAAAGCAGAUGUGUAGAUUGUCAUAAGAAAAGGAAACCUGGUUGUAUUUUUCUGGAAGAAGACAUCUCACCCGGCCACCAGCUGUAUGCAGUCAUCACUGACACUGGCUUCCGCUCACCAGCCAAAUUGACCUCAAAGGUUUUCCUUGUUUUGUGUGGUGAAAAUGGACUCUCAGAAACCAAAGAACUCUGCUGUCCAGAGAAGCCCUUAUUUGGAAGGAAUUCCAGGCACACCUUUAUCAUGAGCACCCCUAAGCAACUGGGUCCGCUCCAGAAGGUCCACCUCUGGCACGACAGUAGUGGGACUUCCCCAAGCUGGUUCAUCAGCCACGUGAUGGUGAAGGACUUGCGCUCAGGACACGCUUGGUUUUUCCCUGCUCAGUGCUGGCUGGCUGUGAGCGCAGGUGAUGGCCGUGUUCAGCGAGAGCUCUUCUGCCUGAGCCGGGGUCUCGGUUUCUGGAAGCUUUUCUACUCAAAGUUCACGGAGUACCUGGAGGAUUUCCACAUCUGGCUCUCGCUAUAUAGCCAGCCCGACUCCAGCAGCUACCUACACACACAGAGACUUGCGGUGUCCUUCUGCCUGCUGUGUGUCUACUCCUGCCUCACUGCCCUGGUCACUGUGGGAGGCCGCGAACAGCACCCCCUGGAUGUGGGUCCCACUUACAUCACUCUGGAAUCCUUCAAUCUGGGUCUCCUGUGCACCCUCCUGGCCUGUCCAGUUGCACAGCUCCUGUCACUGCUCUUCAGGUUCAGCAAGGAAGCCAGAGGGCAUCCACGGGCUGUGCCACAGUGGCCUCUAAGAGGAGUGGAGACAGAGGCAUCUCGGGGUACGCAUCCCGCAUCAGACAUUCUCCCCGAGACUGACCGGGCUUGGAGGAUGGCAGCCAGUAGCAGUGGUGUGGUCUGUUCAUCCUUUACAUCGGAGGCCUGCAGGGAUAAUGACCUUGCUCAGAGAGAGAAGAGGCACCACUCUCCUCCCAGUUCACAAGUUCUCGGCAGUGGUUUUGAAGGACUUGGACUCCAGCAGUCAAGGGUCUAUCUGCUCUGGCCGAGCUCUGUGGCCUGGGCCAUCUGUGGGUUGGCUUCCCUGGCCUGUGGCUUGGGGACAGGAUUCCUAGGCUACAGGUUUGUGACAGUGCAGUGUAUAUGGUGGCUGCACCUACUGUCUCUCUCUGUGGUCUGCUGUGCAUUUGUCACCCAGCCACUCAUGAUCUGCUUGGCAGCACUGGCCUUUGCUUGGAGAAGACAACAUGACAGACAGUUUUUUCUGGAGUCUUUAUGUGAUGCAACCAAAGACCUGGGUUUGGAAUUGGAAGAACGUUUCAGAACCCACAUUCCUCUUUCUCCUAGCUCUUAUGGUCCUGACAGUGCUGAGGAGGCUGAAAGGGUCUUAGCUGCCCGAAAACGAGAACGCCACCUGCGCUGGACUCAGCCACCAUCCAGGGCCAAGCUCAGCGUGACCAGGGAGAGGCUAAGGAGAGAGAGCCGCUUGCAGGCAGCCCUGAGAGACAUCAUCACGCACAGCAUCAUGUUACUGCUGCUUUUGUUGAUCACAUAUGGGAGAUUCUGCCCAGGAGAAUAUCCUCUCAAUCAAGCCAUCAGGAAGGAAUUUACAAGAAAUGCCAAUCACCCCUUGGGAGACCUGAGCAGCACAGAUGACUGGUGGGGCUGGACUCUGAGCACAUUGCUGGAUGGGCUUCCCCCAGAAGGACCCUCUGCUGGAGCUCAGCCUGGAGCUCUGGGAGGGCAGUGCCACCUAAUAGGCCCUUUAGUGAUCAAGCAGUUGAGGGUUUCUGCUGGUGCUACAUGCAGGCCUCCCAGGCCGCUCUCAAAGCUCAUGGAAAAUACACUCCCUACAAGUAGUCGUGACCUUGACCUUGAGAACCGAAAUAUGACCCCUGGUGGUCCUAAGGCCUGUGAGGUGAAGAAAGAGAGCUACGUGCACAGCCUAGGAAGAACAAGGCACGAAGUCCAUGCAGCUCUGAGUACCCUGAGGGCCAGCGGGUGGAUCGACCACAGCACCAGGGCCGUAUCUGUGCACUUCACUCUCUACAACCCUCCAACUCGACUCUUCACAAGUGUGACCCUAGGCGCAGAACUUCCUGCCACGGGAGGUCUCAUCCCCUCAUCCCUGGUAGAGUCACUCAGCAUCUUCUACAGUGACUCAGCCCCGCAGUACCUACUUAUACUUUCUGAGCUGGUGUUCCUGGUACUCAAUUUGACCCACCUUUGUUUCCACCUCUGGGGGAUGGCCACCAAGGGCGUCCUCAGCUACUGGAAAGAACCUAGACACUGGCUGGAGCUUUCUACUGUUGGCAUAGCCCUGGCCUACUGUGCAGCCUCCGGUCACCUCACUACCCUUGCUGAGAAUGCCAUUGACCAGUUACACAAGGGGCUGCAUCGGAUGUUUGCGGACGUCAGCCCGAUGGUGUCAUGGAAUCAGAGGGCACGCUGGCUCCAGGGGCUCCUCCUGUUCCUCUGGAUGUUGAAAUGUGUUCAUCUCCUCGGCUUCCUAAGCACCAUGGCACCCUUCUCAGUAGUGACAUGUUCCUCUCUCCUCCGAGUCUUGGCACCAGCGCUGGUGGGGGCCCUGCUGCUGGCUGCUCUUUGCCACUUGUGCUGGUUCCUGCGCUCCACCUGGACACUGUCACCUGGCACCUUUGCAGAUGCAUUUCCUGGGCUGCGGCUUCUGUUUCUGGGAAGCCGUCAAAAGGACUCAUUGCACAAUCAUCUGGAGUCUGACCAUCGAGCUGCGGCUUGUUACUAUGGGGCCCUCCUUCUCGUACUGGCAGCUCUGUGUUUUGGAACGAUGAGAGCUUCCUUCUUGACUUUUUUCCGUAAAAGAAAGUCUUUUCACAGAAAAUCUCUUGUGACACUUCAAGAUGUUGCUGUUUACACAUGGCAUAAAGUCCUCACCCUUCUAGGGCAGGAAACGACAACUCUGGAAGAGGCUGAGGUGGCUAUGAACCAUAAUUAUUACCUGGAUGAGUUUUCAAGCCUACUGGAUGAACUUCUGCUGAAGAUUGACGGUUUAUCUGACAGCAUGGAACUUUCUAUCCUAGAAAAACAAUGGAGGAUGACCAUGGCAUCAAGGGGAGUGGAUAAUCCUUUAGUUGGUAUUUCAGAGGGCCAAGCUAUUGGGGUCUCCUCACUGAGGAGUGAGAAACUGCACCUCAAUGCCCUUAAAGGGAAGUACGGCUGGUCUGGCUGCAGGCACACAUCCUCUCCGAGCCUCCCUCAGCUUUGCUGCAGCCACCUACCACCAGUCCCUGCAUACAGAGACUAUGUCAUCAAGACCGAGGUGGCCAACCUACAAGAAGAACAUUAUGGUAAUGUGGCUGCCCCUCCACCUGAACCUUCUAUGGCUUGGCAUGUGACCUUGAAGAUUCUCAUGCAGUCUGUCCAGACGUCAGUGGAGAUCAGCUACUUCUACGUGGGCCAUAAUCACAUGACCAGGUGCUGCAAAGGCUUCAAGAUCUGCAAGCAAAAGCUUCCUCACAGCCCUAACGUCGAUGAGCCUUUCAGUGUGUUGAGGGAAAGCCGUACCAUCAUGAAGACAUCCCUGCCCUGGGAGCCAGUGCUGCAGAAGGGACUUGCCCAGAUGCAAAACCCCUCUCAGAGAAGUUUCGGUGUCUUGAUUCUCACUACGACAAGCAGACUUGCAGAAUUCGGCUGCUGCCCCCAACUACCCAAGGCAGAACGUUUGGCCAGCGUAGGGACGGCUUAUGUGGACCUCAAACAGCGCCACGUUGCUUGA